UCUUUUUCUUUUUACUUUGAUCAUCUUCUAAUAUGCUGGUGAAAACAGCGUCUCUACCCUUGAGUUACCUUUUAUUGGUCUUUUUCAAUGGUUACCUGUUGGUCAAUGGAGAUAAAGGUGGAACUAAUAUCGUGGUUCAAGGUAAAUCGCACGGAGAAGGAGGUGGUGGAUCGGUUGUGGUCAAUUCGCCGAAAAAAGGUGCUCAAAAUAUUGUGAUUCGUGAUUAUCGAGGAACCGUAGUUCUUAAUAGUCACAAAAAGGGUGGUGCUAAUAUUGUGGUGAACAGUCAUGAGGAGAAAAAGCCUCACCAUCACCACCAUGAGCAUCAUGAACAACACCAUGAACAGCAUCAUGAGCAUCAUGGUCAUCAUGCUUAUGAAUCACCUAAAAUGCUGCCAAUGUUGGGUGAAAGUGGAUCAACCUCAUCACAUGUACCAAGUAAAUUGGCUUUUGGUGCUCGAACAGUUAAACCUUAUGAAUCUGAGGAAACAGGGGAAGAGGAGCAAUUAGAACCAACCCCAACGGUAUCAAGGAAACGUAAGGGUGGAUCAAGUAAACAAGUUCUAAAGAAAAAGCUUAAGGCCAAAGUAGUUCGUGAACAAAGUGAGGAAACCGAAGAUGAGCAACCCAAAAUUCGUGGUCGAGCAAAAGGAGACGCUGAACCAGAAGCUGAACAAGAAUCAGAACCUGAAGCUGAUUCUUCAUCAUCUGAUGCCUAUUCACCCUCGGUGGCUGAAGAAGAUCCUUAUUCGGGUUAUCGUGAUGGACCAGGGCCAAUUCCUCAAACUGAUCGGAAAGGAUUAAGAGACUUGGAGAAAGGAGUUGAAUAUGGAGUUGCUCAAGUUGAACAACAAAUCGAACAGCAAAUCGAACAAGGUUUACUCGGACAAAUGGGCGAUGAAAGUUCAUCUGAUUCCAAUUCAGGUUCAUCGAAUCCAAACUCUGGUUCAAGUUCAUCUGGUUCUUCUGGUGCUGGUGAUUCAAGUUCACUUGAUAACUUGGGACUAACCGGAAGUGAUUCAGGUUCAGACUCUCCAGGUUAUUUCGCUUCGGGAUUUCCAUCAGUUGAUUCCUUUAAUACCGAUUCGUUGAAAGGAUUAACCCUAAGUGACGCUCUUUUUGGUACCACUGAUAAAGAUUCAUCUGGAUCUGGAUUAUUGGAUUUCCCUUGGACAAGAAGAUCAGAUAAUCCGGCAACAAUUAACACCGAAAAUAAAUCAACACCCAAAUAGAUAAUCAACAUUAAACACAAUCAAAUCAACGGGUUUUCAUUGGAUUAUUACUGAUCCUUCAUCUAAAAUAUUUCAAAAUUUCGUUCAUCAUCUCAUUAAAUCAUCAGUAACAAUUUAAAAUAUAUUCAAAUUGAAAGUAACAAUUAACAAAUUGGAUUUGUGAAGCUUAAAGAGUAAUCAAGCUCGAGCUGUUAGGUGAUGAGGAACGACAAACUCAACUUAAUUAUUAUUACAAAUAUAAAACGAUCAACAACAAUUAACUAAAAACAAAAGUAUUCACAAUCAUCUGUGACAAUCUAAAUCAAAUCUAAUCAUCACAAUCAAAGCUAAUCAAGUUUUCCCUUCGCUCUCUCUUUCUCAUCCCAGGUAAUGAAACAGCAAUCAAUCAAUUAACUAAUAAGCACUCGGCUGUUAAUUGAUGAUAAUUAAAUCAACAACAUAGUUAAUUAACCUUCAUCAUGUUUUUUUUUAUCUUCACCCAACUAAAUUGCAAACAAUUUAAUCAAACAUUUAAAACUAAAUCAUCUUCAAUUGUUGAGGAUUAAUUUUCUGUAUCAGCAAAUUAAUAACAUGAACCAAAAUAUGAUUAACAUUGAAAUGCCAAAUCAAAUCAAAAUUGCCAAUGUUGAUUAUUAUUACAAUUUAUUACAAUCGUUUAUAAAUAUUAUUAUUUAUAAACAAUCACAAUUGUUAAUCACAAUUAAUGAUUUUCCAGAAAAGAAACACAAACAAUUAAUUUUCUGAUUCUCAUAUUCAAUUGUCUUUCCAACAAUAUAAAUACUUUUAUCAUUAAGAUUUAAAUGGUUCGUUGAAACAUAAUUAAUAGUAACAAUUAAAUUAAUUCCUCUCCCAACCAACUCGAUUUAACUUUAAAUCAUAAUAUCAACAUUAUUAAUAAGUACUUGAGAUUAACUUAAUUGUAACAAUUGUCUCUCACUUUAAUUGAUUCCUAACCCAAAGUAACAAUUACAAUCAUCAUCAUAACAAUUAAUAUUGAUUGUUAGUAAUUAUUAUUAGCAAAGUAUCACAAUUAACUU